AUGGCGUACGACGGCUACCAGCCUGGCCUGAAUCCUUACGGCCAGCCAGACAACACCAAUCCUAUAAACGCUUCAGAGAAACGCCCCUCCUCCUUUGAGCCUCCGUAUCCGUAUCAGCCGGCGUCUGAUCAUCUCAAGAUGCCUCAACCACAAGUCCCUCCACAGUAUUCAGCCCCUCCCCAGGGCUACUAUCCUGAACCACCGCGCGAGCAAACCUCUUGGCCCCCUCCACCUCCCCCUCAAGCGGGUCGAAUAAACGAUGCAGUGACCUCUGCCGUUGGAAACAGCGCCCCUUCAUCCUAUGUGUCGCCGGACCUCGUCGCGCAGAUAACCGCAAAUGUGAUCCAACAGCUUGGAGCGGCAGGCAUCAACAGCCCAGUCGGUCACCAGCCUCCCUCCCAACCACCUCCACCACAAUGGGCAUCGCCUCAGCCAUACCAAGUGCCAUCGGCACCGCAUACUCCGACAAUUUCGCACGGCACACCUCCGCCUACUACGGCCUUCCAGCCUCCUCCCCCUUCUCUACAACCCGAAUACCCUAGUGCUCCGCAUCUACCAUCUAGACUAAGCCCAACUCCCCCUCAGGAAAGGGAGAGAAGAGAGUCGCCCGCUAGUCAGUUUAGUGACAAUGGCCAGAAGGCGGAUUCACGGCCGAAAGCACCUGAGAGAAACGAUACGUUUCCGACGACUCUGGAGAAGAUAUGGGGAAAGCUUUUCGAUAAUGGCAAGCCAACUGAAAGGCUUGGACAGUUUUUGCGGGGAAUCGCAAUUUACUUGAUCGAACAUUAUCCCCCUGGUAACACCCUCGUUGUAGUACCUGAGAAGCUGCAGAAAUUCUAUGCGGAUACCAACGUCGCAUCAGACCCGUAUCCAUGGCAAGAUAUAUUCGAUGACCGUACAUCUUCAAUCUCAAGAUUAUUCCGGGAUUUCCGAGUCGAACACCACCUCGUGCAGCUCAAGUUGGAUGAACGGCCUGACGUUCCUGCGCUUACGCCCAAAGGCUUCGAGCUCUUUGCUACAUUGAUGAUUCAAGCACAUCCGGACAAGGAGUUCGAACGGCUGCAAAAGGCCGUGCUGAACAUGCCGAUCAGCAACCCAGACAACAAGAAAGAGCGUUUUCCCAAGGAAAUACCUCGGCGGCUGUUCCCAGAGACAGCCGACCUGAGCCUGCGCAAAGAGCUUGACGAAGCCCUCAAGUUGCACUGCGGCAUUGAGCUACCUGACAUUACGGAUGAGGAGAUCCGCAAGGUCGCUGCGCAACGUGCCAAAUCAUCUACAACCUCUAGUGUCGCUGUCGAAGAGUCAAAUCCGCCAACAACUGAACGGGAGAAGAAGCCAUACAUCCCACCAACAUCCGCAGUCGUCGAUGACGAAGACGAAGAGCAAACUCCUCCCGCUAUCGAGCGGAAAAGAAAACCCUAUACCGCGCAACCGGGAGGAGGGAAGGUCUAUGACGGGCCGGACUCCCCGAAGCAUCGGCAUGCAAGUUCAUUCUCUACGAGUUCCGGUAUCAAAGAGGCAAGACCUGCUGCUACCCGCGCCCCCGACUCGCCUCCCUACCACACCAGAUCUAGAGGGCCUUCACGGUCGAGAGCCGGAACAUCCGGGCGAUCACGGAGUCAGUCACGCUUCCGUUCAGGCCAUGAUUACAGGCACUCCGAAACCGAUCUCCUGAAUGGUUCUCGUACCUCUGGUGCAACCUCAAGCGGGGAUUACUAUUACAACCCACCUGCUUCAUCAGCCAUCCCAAGCGACCUUCUUGACCAAUACCGUGAUCUCGAUCGGAGCGCGGAAGACCACAGGCUUUAUGAGCAAAUCCGCGAGCGUGAGAAAGAGCGCGAGAAGAGCAAGUACCACGAUAGCCUACCUUCCCGGUCUACCUGGUCAGGCGACGAUGAUGACUACCGCGGUCUACUUGGUGGACAAGGUGGUGGAUCGUCGAUGUACGACUAUAAGCGUUAUAGGUGA